AUGUCUGACUUUAAGAUCAAGGCCGGUUUGGCCCAAAUGUUGAAGGGUGGUGUCAUCAUGGACGUCGUCAAUGCCGAACAAGCCAAAAUCGCCGAACAGGCUGGAGCUUGUGCCGUCAUGGCCCUUGAAAGAAUCCCUGCCGACAUGAGAAAGUCCGGCCAGGUGUGCAGAAUGUCGGACCCAAAGAUGAUCAGAGAGAUUAUGGAGGCUGUUUCCAUCCCUGUCAUGGCCAAGGUCAGAAUCGGCCACACCGUAGAAGCUCAAAUCUUAGAAGCCUUGUCCAUUGACUACAUUGACGAAAGUGAAGUCUUGACUCCAGCCGACAAGAUCAACCACAUCGCCAAGUCCAACUACAAGGUUCCAUUUGUGUGUGGAGCUAAGGACUUGGGCGAAGCCUUGAGAAGAAUCAACGAAGGUGCUGCUAUGAUCAGAACCAAGGGCGAAGCCGGUACCGGAGACGUCUCUGAAGCCGUCAAGCAUAUCACAAUCAUCAAAAAAGAGAUCGAGGAUGCUGCAGCCUUGAAGAGCGAAGAAGAAAUCGCUGCUUACGCCAAGCAAUUGAGAGUGCCUGUGGCUCUUUUGAAGGAAGUAUUGGAGUUGAAAAAGUUGCCUGUUGUCAACUUCGCUGCUGGUGGUGUAGCUACUCCAGCCGACGCUGCUUUGUUGAUGCAAUUGGGCUGUGACGGGGUCUUUGUUGGAUCUGGUAUCUUCAAGGCCAACAACCCAGCCAAGUUGGCUAAGGCAAUUGUCAACGCAACCACUAACUACGACGACCCAGCCAAGAUCUUGGAAUACUCUACAGACUUGGGUGAGUUGAUGGCUGGUGUUAGCAUCGACUCUAUCAGAGACAAUGAAAGAUUGUCCCAGAGAGGAUGGUAA